CAUUUAUUACAUAAAGUACUGACAUAAAACACCGUUCCACCACUAAAAUGGACAAGUAAUAAAAUGCUGUAAGAUAAGUAAACCGACUGAAAGGUUGAAUACAAAGUAUUUACAGUAUUGCACAGAGGCACAGUUAAUUGAAUUUUGAUAUUGCACUUGAGUGAGUUGUCAGUUUUGUUAUGUGUGGUUGACAUGGAGCAGUGUAGAUUGUAAAAUCUGACAGGAAGGAAGGACCUGCCGUCUCUCUCCUUCACACACUGCAGGGGAAGCAGCCUGUCGCUGAAGGAGCUGCUCAGUGCUGUCACAGUGUCCGGCAUGGGGUGGGACAUGUUCUCCAUCAGGGAUGACAAAGACUAUGAAAAUGCAAUCAAGUACUACUCGGAGGCCUUGGAGGUCAAUCCAUCCAAUGCUAUCUACUACAGCAACCGAAGCCUGGCAUACCUACGCACAGAGUGCUAUGGGUAUGCCCUGGCCGAUGCGACAAAGGCCCUGGAUAUAGACAAAAACUACAUUAAGGGAUAUUAUCGCCGUGCCACCUCCAACAUGGCACUGGGCAAGUUCAAGGCUGCACUUAAGGACUAUGAGACGGUAGUGAGGGUUCGACCAAAUGACAAGGAUGCAAAGAUGAAGUAUCAGGAAUGUAACAAGAUUGUGAAACAGAAGGCUUUCGAGAGAGCCAUUGCCAGCGAUGAGAUAAAGAAAUCUGUUGUCGACUCUCUGGACAUCGAAAGCAUGACGAUUGAGGAUGACUAUGAAGGUCCCAAACUUGAGGAUGGGAAGGUCACACUGAGGUUCAUGAAGGAGAUGAUGGAUUGGUUCAAAGACCAGAAGAAACUGCACAGAAAGUGUGCUUAUCAGAUUUUGGUGCAAGUUAAAGAUGUUCUGUCGAAACUACCAAGUCUUGUCGAAAUCACAUUAAAAGAGACAGAAAAAAUAACAAUCUGCGGUGACACCCAUGGGCAAUACUACGAUCUCCUCAACAUCUUCAAGUUGAAUGGCUUACCCUCAGAGACCAACCCCUAUCUGUUCAAUGGUGACUUUGUGGACCGUGGCUCUUUCUCUCUUGAGGUCAUUCUUACCCUGUUUGGCUUCAAGCUGCUCUACCCGGACCACUUCUACCUGCUUAGGGGUAACCACGAGACAGACAACAUGAACCAGAUGUAUGGAUUUGAAGGGGAGGUCAAAGCCAAGUACACAGCCCAGAUGUUCCAGCUGUUCAGCGAGGUCUUCCAGUGGCUGCCUCUUGCACAGUGUAUCAACAGCAAAGUACUGGUUAUGCAUGGUGGACUGUUCAGUGAAGAUGGUGUCACAUUGGAUGACCUCAGGAAGAUUGACAGGAACAGGCAGCCUCCCGACUCAGGUCCCAUGUGUGACCUCCUCUGGUCAGAUCCUCAGCCUCAGAAUGGCCGAUCAGUCAGCAAGCGAGGAGUGAGUUGUCAGUUCGGACCAGAUGUGACGGAGCGCUUCCUGGAACAGAACAAGCUGGACUUUGUUGUGCGUAGUCAUGAGGUCAAAGCUGAGGGCUACGAGGUCACUCACUCAGGGAAGUGCAUCACCGUGUUCUCAGCACCCAACUACUGUGAUCAGAUGGGAAACAAAGGAGCUUACAUCCACCUCAGGGGAUCAGACCUCAAGCCAGAAUUUCACCAGUUCACUGCUGUGCCUCAUCCGAAUGUCAAGCCCAUGGCGUAUGCCAACACGCUAAUGCAGAUGGGGAUGAUGUAGAGGCCACGCUAAUCUGUCUGUGACACUGACGACCUCCCAUCUGACCUGAACCAUCCCAGCCACCUCCCUCCCUACAGUGCUCGGACAUGCUCUCACCCAUGCUUAGCCUAAGGGAUCCCUCUCCCAGACAAACUUCUGCUAGUUGUGUACAGAAAACACGUGGUGUAGUUCAGAUGGGAAGAGAUCACUUACACCAGCCCAGUCAUGAAUUGGGUACAUUCUUUUACGUUAUCAGUUAAAACUGGAAAAAGAAAUUGCCCACUUGUGUGUUCCAUCACUGGGUAAAGAAGCCAACCUUUCAGAUGAGUCUCCUUGGAGCUGCUGGGUUUUCAAAUAUUUAAUAUACUCAGCAGAUGGGAUUGAAUAGCUGAUAUGUACCAAAGAUCUGUAAUGAAAAUGAUUGUUCAGUUUUCACAAGGAGCAUCUUGUGACUCUGAAACCUAGCGUUGGCCUGUUGGCCUGUGUACACAGCUUGGAGCAUUGUAAACUGGGUUAAGAGCAGCAUGUCUAUCAGUGUUUCUCAAUCUAUCCUACAGUAUGUCCGUUUUAUUUUUUUAAUUUACAGGAAUACAAAAAUGAUUACAUGUAUUAAAAAAUAAUAGAUUGAUCGUCUCUGGGUACACUCUUAAAGGUGCUGUUUGCCAUUAGUGGUGUAUUUAGUUGGUUCAGUCAUGUAGCUGGUAACAUUUAAUUUGCACUGCUUCCUGUUGAGGAAGAUAUUGCUGCUCUCCAUAUUUUGAUCCUCCACCGUCAUUGUGCCACUCACCCGGCAGCUCCUGCACAGUCUACUCUCCAGUCUAGCUUUGGUGUAAGGCAAACACUGAUGGCACUCUAGUCUCCCAUAAACGUUCAACUACUGGUGACCCAUAUGUGGAUUUCUUCAGUACACAAACGUCCAAAAUGCAAUCCUGUCUUAAAACGCACAGCUGCAUUGUCCAGUGGCCCUCAACUUUUUAAAUAAAGAAAUACACUGACGUGUAUGUAUAUAUACUGUAUCAUUGAAAGAUUCCGUGUAAUGUUUGGAGAAAAAUAUUGAAUAAAAAAAUCCAGUUCAGUGAUUUUAGAAACAA